AUGGUCGAGGAUAAGAAUUCUAUUAGUGGUAAAUUGCAACCUGGACCCAACUACAAUAAGAUCACUGACGAGAAAGAGGUCGUAUUGAAACAAAUAUGGACUAAUUUGUUUCAUUUGUGGAACGUAGAAGUAGAUGGGACCAAUGCAUUUAGUGAUCGUCGUCUUACUGCUUAUAACACCCAUAGCAGUACUGAGUCUGAAAAGAAACCAAAGAAAAAAUCAUCAGGCGGUUGGUUUGGAUUUGGUUCGAGUUCCUCUACUUCAAGUGAUGCAACGGGCGGUAAUGAACACGACUCGAUGGGUAUCAAUUCUUAUGAAAAGGGAGUCGUACAUUCUUCAUUUGAUGGAUUAGAUGCAAAAUUGGCUGAAAAAGUGUUUUGGGAUAUGUUGAGAGUAGAUCCUCCAGAUUCCACUAUAUGGAGAUUCUCUAGUGCCAGGAAGUUUAAUUCAAGCAAAGCCACUAAAAUGAUUGCUCACACUAUUAAGUUUCGUUCAGAACAUAAUAUGGAACAACUAUUGAAUAAAGGUGAUUAUGAUGUGUUUAAGAAUAAAGAAGAAGGUGUGAUCUUGAAUUUUAACUUACAAAAAGCUGUUAUUGUUGGAAGAGAUCUUAAAGAAAGACCAUUUAUCUUAGUGAGACCUAAAUUCCAUCAUUCUCAUGAACAAACUGAAGCAGAUAUCGAAAAGUUUGCAUUAAUUGUUAUUGAAAUCUCUCGAUUAUAUAUGAGAACUGGUUACACUUCAAUCAUAUUUGAUUUGACAGAUUUCAGUUUAUCGAAUAUGGAUUAUGCUCCAGUAAAGUUCUUAAUCACUUGUUUUGAAGCUCAUUAUCCAGAAUCUUUAGGGUGUCUGUUAAUUCACAAUGCUCCUUGGUUGUUCAGUCCAAUUUGGAACAUCGUAAAGAACUGGCUGGAUCCAGUAGUUGCCUCAAAGAUCAUAUUCACUAAGAAUUUGAGUGAGUUGACAAAAUUCAUUGCAAAGGAAAACAUUCCAAAAUAUUUAGGUGGCGAAAAUGAUUUUGAUCUAGAUAACUAUGUCCCACCAGAUGGUUCUCACGAUGAGGCAUUGAAUGAUACUGCAGGUAAAGAUGCAGUAUUAGUAUUAAGAGAGCAAUUGAUUGCUACCUACAAAGAAUUAACAGUGAAAUGGAUCGAGACAAAUGAUCCAGAAAAAUCAAAGGAAAUAUGGAACCAAAGAGUUUCCAUUGGUCAAGAAAUUACAAAUAAUUAUUGUGAAUUGGAUAAGUUCAUUAGAUCCAGAUCCUACUAUGAUAUCACUGGUACAUUGGAGAUUUGA